CGCCGUCGGGGGCGGGUCCGCGCCGCAGUCAUGGCGGCGCCCGUGGUGCCGGAGAGCGACAGCAUCCGCAGGGCCGUGUCGCUGCUCAACGCCGUGGACUCCGGCCGAUUCCCGCGGCUGCUCUCCCGCCUUCUCCAGAAGCUGCACCUGAAGGCUGAAAGUACCUUCAGUGAAGAGGAGGAAGAAAAACUUCAAAUAGCUUUUUCAUUGGAAAAGCAGGAUCUUCAUCUGGUUCUUGAAACUAUAUCCUUCAUUUUAGAACAGGCAGUCUAUCAUAAUUUGAAGCCUGUGUCAUUGCAACAGCAGCUACAGAGCAUUCACCUGGAUCAAGACAAAGCUGAAGCAUUUGCUACUGCGUGGGCGGCGGCAGGUCAAGAUACCAUUGAAAAGUUCAGGCAGAGGGUUUUGACCCCUCAGAAGCUUGAGACAAUUGGAUGGCAGCUUAAUCUUCAAAUGGCAGAGUCCAAGCAAGCAAAGCUGAAGUCUCCUCAAGCUGUGCUAGAGCUGGGAGUGAGCAAUGAAGAUUCAAAGAACCUGAAGAAAGUGUUUGUAGAAUUUAGCCAUCAGGAGCUGUUUGAGUUCUAUAACAAGCUGGAAACUAUACAAGCACAGCUGGAUUCCCUUACGUGAUGUUUUUGAAGACUUAUUUCUCCAUCACACUCCUGCCACCUCAUUAUUUUGAAUUGAAGAUAGAUUGCCAAGCUGUGUUUGCUGAAGGAUUCAGUGGGUUGCUUCUUGUAAAAUUAUAUGGCUUAUCUACUUUUUAGACCAGUACUGUUAGCCAAGAGUCUUUGUUAAAAGUGUGAAGAUUCUAAUGGACUUUCUCUUGUUUGCUGAGCAAUUGUGAAAAAUGGCUUUACCUGCAGUGGAAAAAAAACAAAACAAAAACCAACAAACCCAAACCAAAACAGAAUACUAUAUGCUUCAGAAAUUUAAUUUUUUCUUCCAUCCUUUUCUAUGGGUUACUUAAUUCUGGUAGAAAUUUACAUACUAGUGAGGGACCAGGAGUAAAAUCUAUUUUUUAGACAUAAAAGAAAUAUAGAAGCUGUAAGAAAAUACACCGCCAAUCAAAUAUCUAAAAUAUCUAUUCUUUUUAAAUGUUAUUCACACAGUUGAUAAUGCUUGCUGCAGAUUUGUCAAAAUAAAUUCAAAAUGUAAAACUUAAUUGGUUUAUUUUGGGCUGUUGUAACUUCAUUUCAUUAUUUUUGUUAUUUCUCAGUUUGAUGGGGUUUUUUCCUUUUAAAUAAUCAACAGUGUCUCUGAUUUCAGGGUUUACUCUUGGCACUGAGAAUAAAUAUGUCUUCUUAGAACUGCAUUUACACUAAUGAAUCUAAGUAGUGUGGUUUAUAACUGAGGGGAAAAAUCUCAGAGUAGGUAACAACACUAAAUAGUCUGGCAGUCAGAUUUCAGAAAGCUCUAUAUUGAUCCUUUCUCAUGCUGUUUUUACCACUGUUUUUACAUUGAACAGGAAAAAAUGAAGUACAGUGAUUAAAGGCCAUAUUUUCUUCCAUUUUUUGGGAUGAUUCAUGAGCAGCAUGAGAAGGGUAAAAGUUGUCUUAAUUCUUGUUUGUUGCCAUUUGUUGACAGGCAACUUCAUUGCUCCACCUUGAUAGUGGGCACAGUAUACAGCUCUGGGCUCUGGGCUGAUAGAAGGUGAGAGGAAGUAAAAAACUUUGGCAUUAGGCUUGUCUUUUUUUUUUCCUUAAGGGAUUCCCUGAACAAGACUUUUUUCUUCCUCAUGCCUAUAACAGUGAUGGUUGAUACCCAGCCAGACAGUUUCCUUUUUAGGUUUGUUUGCUCGUGACAGUAGCUGUAAGUAUAACCAAAAUGUAUGUUUUGAAUACCUGUGUUUAGGUCCUCCUGUACCAGAUUUUUAGGUUUUUUGCUUUUGGAGGGUCGUUUUGUGCCUUUUUGUUGCUUUGUUAGGAAUUGUGCUGUCACCUCUAGAAUACUGUGAGGUUUGCACACAUUGUCUAAGCUGAGAGUUAAUAGAUUUAGAAGGUAAGGUCUUUAACAGCCUAUGUGUGAGUAAAGGGCACUGAAGACAAAAAACACACUUGUCAUGGUUCUUAACUGAAAUACCAAAUGGUAUUCUACCCCUCUGGUAUGGUAACACUAUUACCCUGAUGGAAAGAAGAAAUGAGUCACUGUUGCACAGCAGAAUAUUACCUGCCGAAAUCACAUCUUGUCUUAAGCGACUGGCAAAUGGGCCAUAUCUUCUGGAGAUACAGAAGAUCACCUGCAGACAUCACAUCCUCUAUCUGCCUGUUCAACAACAGCUUGCCAGCUCGUUCAUCUCAUGCUGCAUAGACUGGUGUGGGUCUGCAAGUGAGCACAUCCCCACCAUUCCCUCUGCCUGCAAACAUUAGCAGUGCUUUGUAGUUAGGACAGUUAGGAAAGUCCCUUUCUUCGUGGCACAAAAGUUAUGGCUUCUCUACUGGUCCUGUGGGACAGUAUGGCUUGUGCUAGGACACUGCUCUAGAGCCUUUUCUCGGAGUUUCUGUUCUGGAAGUCAAGUCUGAAGUGAGUUGUAGACUUUCAUUUGUGAAUACAGGACAUCCUAAGCCGUUAUAUGAUGUGAGAGAGCGGUUUAAGUUACAUUUGUGAGUAUAGGCAGUGACUGAUAAAUCCCAGAGCAGGACCUGGACCAUUUUGGAGUGCAGAAGGCAUUGGACAAAUCAGCAGGCACAUCUGAAAAAAAGAAGUCAAAGACACAGUAGGAAGAAAUGGGGUGCAGGAAAAAGGAAAGAGAGGACAGAGAAAUAGAUAUUCCCAAGAAUGGAAUUUGGGAGUUGGAAAACUAUGAGGAAGAAAGGAGGAACACUGGAAAACAUGACAAAAGUAUAUAGACAAGGAAAACAUUAAGCAAAGUGAGAGAAAGAUGUUAAAGACUGGAAGAGUGGGAAGAAAACAGGGGAAACAAAGUAAACCAGAGUUAACUAUGGAAACUAGCCAGUUGUAUAACUACAUCUAGUAUUUUAAACUAACCCAUAAGUGUCAGCCUUGGUGCAAAGUUGGUCAAGAUCAAAGCCACGUGUGGGAUAACAAAAAAACCAGAUUUUAAUACUAGCUUUAGUAUAAAUAUUUGAAAAUUAUAAAAUAAUGUUGAAAUGAAAGAAAAAGCCUAAGAUUGCAAGAAUUCAGUAAAAAUUAUUUAGUGCUUAUCCUUGUUUGCAGAUGGCUGAAGAGAUUUAUGAUUUCUUUAGCAAUGGUUGCCUUUUCUUUUUUUACUAGCUAUACUGAAUUAGUAUUGUCAAAAGCCUCAUGAUAACAGUUGUUAUCUUGUCAAGGACCACUGAGAAAUAAACAUUUAGUUUAGAGAGACUUUUCUUUAUGUAAUGGGAAGCUUUGGGGUUGUACAUUAUUAUGUAGCAAGGACAUAACCUGUACAUUGUUAGAGAAGAGCAUUGUCACUUAAGUGGUCCUGAAUAAGGAGAGAAAAUUGACCAACUGUGAAAAGACAGAAGUAUUUAGGAGUUUUUUGUUACUUCUUGCAGAAAAGAAGGUUUUUAUUCUGGUUGCUGCUCUCUCGGCCUCAGUGGACCUGAAGAGAGGAAGUUUAGUCUUCCCCUUAGAGAAGCUGUCCCUGCUUAGUUUGUAUAAAGUCCUGUUGACCCAGAAGUGUCAGGGAACAAGAGGAAAAACAAGGACUGCCACAGUCUGGAUAAUGCCUGGGGAAAUAGGGAUAUCUGCCUGCAUCAGGGACUAGAUCCAAUGCUGUACCUUAGAGGUGGCAGAAA